CUCUCAUUAUAGUUCACACAAACUGAAAGACACCGAUUUCGCGCGCGGUGCGAGUGAUUUAAUUUAUAGGCAGAGACCGGCCUGAAUUCCAAAGAAACAGCCGGUCCCCUCCCUUUCAUUUUUUUUUUGGUCUCCAUCCAUUCACCGAUCCAUCUAUCCAUCCGUCCGUCCGUCUGUCCCUCUCCUCCUCCCCUUGGGGCCGCUGGACGAAGAGAGAGGAGGCCGUGAGGAACGCUCUACCCUACUCCAAUGAGAGAGAGAGAAAGGACGCUCUGCCAGGACAUUCGGGCUUAUCAGUGCGGACGAAGGUAGACUUUUCGGGGCGGGGAUGGUGAGGGACUUUCUCGGCACUGCUGCACCUCGACCAGCCAAACCAAGAUCAUGAGAGGGUGUAAGACGGCGGAGAAGCGGCCGUCAUACCCUUGUCUUUGACGACGCCGUCCGUGUGUCCCUUUCUCAGCUUCUGGAUGGCCGCGCAGGUGACGGGAGAGAAGAUGACGGUUGCAACGAGGGAGGAUGUUAUUGAAUUCGUUUGAGAGAGAAAAAUAUAUUUCAUCUUCAGCGCUCGACAACAAUGACACCGACAUUUCAAAGGAAAACGGUAUUUUUCUUUCUCCUUUCUACUCGAGAUUGUGCACUCUGAAAUAAGACGCAUUAAUAACAAAUGUCACAAUUUUCCUGGUCUCAAGGCUUGUCAGAGCGCACUGGUAAAACAACUGUAAGGUGGCGGGAGCCACAUUAUUGCCACACACUGUGCCAAACAUUGCGGAUGUUUCUAAAUAAAUAAAUAAUAGUAGCUUUUCCCUUUUCAAUGCCUUUUAAGUCUUCGGAAACGCGACCGUUUCCAAAAUGCCAAGUUGAACGUCACUGACGGCCGUAGCUAUAGGCUGUUCAUUAUUUUCAGAUUCAUUUUUCGACAAUCUGAUUUAUUGAGGCCUGUGUGAUGUUAGAGGCGGUUUGAUUGCCAUUACAUGCUGUCAUGGGAGUAAAGAAAUAAAUCGUCCAGAAAAGGUGCAGGAGGCUGUGGUGCGCUCUGAUACAGGCAUGAACCAUGGAGAACAUGAAACAUUCAUGUUAACUCGCUACAAUCUCCCCAUGAUUUCAUGUUGGGGGCGAAUCCUGCUUUAUACGGACAUCAGAACCGACUAAGACUGAGACACCCCACAGCACUACCCUACAGUGCAACCAGUCAGCCAACCGACCACACAUUUAAUUUCCUCACACCCACAAUUGGCCGUUGGCAGAGACGCACAGAGAAGGAGACAGUACAUGGGCGUCCUCGUCUGCUAAAACCAGCAUAGAACUGCUCGCCGGUUGCAGGUGUUCAGCAUAAGCUUACAAGACAACCCGUUGUGCAUAUGAGACGUUCUGAUCCAGAUGGGAUGUAAUGUUGUGUGGCUGCACAGCUGAGCAUUGGUCUCCUUCUCCGCUGCUUCGUGAAGAUUGGCUUUCGGUGUCCAGAGAAUGGCGCGGUUCGGAGAUGAGGUACCGGCCAGGUAUGGCGGAGGGCCCGGCGGAGGGGGCCCGGGCGGCCGCGGUGGUAGCAGGCAAGGAGGACCCCAUGGACACGGUCACGGCCACGGGCACGGCCACGGCCACGGGCAUGGCCACGGUCCACCUGGAGGGCCCGGGGGCCAGAGAAUGUACAAGCAGUCUAUGGCGCAGAGAGCCCGGACUAUGGCCCUCUAUAACCCCAUCCCCGUGCGCCAGAACUGCUUCACUGUCAACCGCUCGCUGUUCAUUUUCAGUGAGGAUAACUUCGUCAGAAAAUACGCCAAAAAGAUCACCGAAUGGCCUCCAUUUGAGUGGAUGAUUCUAGCCACCAUCAUUGCCAACUGCAUCGUCUUGGCUCUGGAACAACAUUUGCCUGAUGGGGACAAGACACCGCUGUCUGAGCGCCUGGAUGAUACAGAGCCGUACUUCAUAGGAAUCUUCUGUUUUGAGUCUGGAAUAAAGAUCCUGGCGCUUGGUUUCGCCUUCCACAAGAACUCCUACCUGAGGAAUGGAUGGAACGUCAUGGACUUUGUGGUGGUGCUCACAGGGAUCCUGUCCACUGUGGGUUCAGAUUUCGACUUGCGGACCCUCAGGGCGGUGCGAGUAUUGAGGCCCCUCAAACUGGUGUCCGGUAUUCCCAGCUUACAGGUGGUGCUCAAAUCCAUCAUGAAGGCCAUGAUUCCUCUGCUGCAAAUUGGCCUGCUCCUUUUCUUCGCCAUCCUCAUGUUCGCCAUCAUCGGCCUAGAGUUCUACAUGGGCAAAUUCCACACAACCUGCUUUGACAAUCACACAGGUGAGAUCCGAGAAGAGUUUCCAUGUGGGACCGAGCCUCCGUCGCGGCUGUGUCCAGAGGGCACCAUGUGUAGACAGUACUGGCUGGGACCAAACUACGGCAUCACCCAGUUUGACAACAUCCUGUUUGCUAUCCUCACCGUCUUCCAGUGUAUCACCAUGGAGGGCUGGACUGACCUGCUCUACUAUAGCAACGAUGCCUCAGGGAGUGCAUGGAACUGGAUGUACUUCAUUCCCCUCAUCAUCAUUGGCUCCUUCUUCAUGCUCAACCUGGUGCUGGGUGUGUUGUCAGGGGAGUUUGCCAAAGAGAGAGAGCGUGUGGAAAACAGGAGUGAGUUCUUGAAGCUCAGAAGACAACAGCAGAUUGAGCGGGAACUUAAUGGUUAUCUGGAAUGGAUCUGCAAAGCUGAAGAGGUCAUCUUGGCGGAUGAUGAGAAUGAAAAUGAUUAUGAUGGCUCCCGUAGAAGAGCCACAAAGAACCAUAAGAGCAAAGCUGAGCUGCUAAACCCAGAGGAAGGAGAGGGAGAUCUGGCAGUCGGCUCACCGUUUGCCCGUGCCAGCUUGAAGAGCUCCAAGCUUGAAGGUUCAAAUUUCAAGCGGCGGGAGCGACGACUCCGCUUCUUCAUCCGACACGUCGUGAAGUCCCAGGCCUUCUACUGGACCGUACUGUGUCUGGUGGGCCUCAACACGUUGUGUGUGGCUGUAGUGCACUAUGACCAGCCAGACCCACUGUCAGAUUUUCUAUAUUUUGCUGAAUUUAUCUUCCUGGGGAUAUUCUUGACAGAGAUGAUGGUAAAGAUGUAUGGCCUGGGCAGGCAGGCCUACCUCAACUCCUCCUUCAACUGCUUCGACUGCAUUGUGAUAUGCGGCAGUAUAUUUGAAGUGCUGUGGUCCAUCAUCCAGCCGGGCACAUCGUUUGGCAUCAGUGUGCUCCGAGCUCUCAGGUUAUUGAGGAUUUUCAAAGUCACCAAGUACUGGGCAUCUUUGCGUAACCUCGUCGUCUCUUUGCUCAACUCCAUGAAGUCCAUCAUCAGCUUGCUCUUCCUGCUCUUCCUCUUCAUAGUUGUCUUUGCUCUGCUGGGCAUGCAGCUCUUCGGGGGACAGUUUAAUUUUGAAAAUGGCACUCCUCCGACCAACUUCGAUACCUUCCCCGCAGCAAUAAUGACAGUGUUCCAGAUCCUGACCGGUGAGGAUUGGAACAUGGUGAUGUAUGACGGCAUCAAGUCUCAGGGCGGAGUCAACAAGGGCAUGGCCUUCUCUGUCUUCUUCAUCGUGCUCACACUUUUUGGCAACUACACACUGCUGAAUGUGUUCUUGGCUAUCGCUGUGGACAAUUUAGCCAACGCACAGGAACUAACCAAGGAUGAGCAGGAGGAAGAGGAGGCUGCCAGUCAGAAGAUCGCCCUGCAGAAAGCCAAGGAGGUGGCCGAAGUCAGCCCACUGUCUGCUGCCAACCUCUCCAUUGCAGCUAAGGAGCAGCAGAAGAACCAUAAGGGAAUAAACAAGUCAGUGUGGGAACAACGCACCAAAGAGCUGAGGAGGCAGACUCUGGUGUCCAGCCGUGAGGCCCUUUAUAAUGAGCUGGACCCUGACGAACGCUGGAAGGUGAACUACUCACGUCAUAUCCGCCCAGACAUGAAGACCCACCUGGAUCGACCGUUGGUGGUUGACCCCCACGAAAACCGCAACAACAACACCAACAAGACCACCGCAAACAACUCAGACCUCUGCUUCAGCCAGCACCAUCCAGCUGAUGAGCUCCACAGACAAACCCGCCUACACGAACAUGGUGGCCAAGUAGGAGGGGGUGGCGGAGGAGGCUCGGGUCCAGCCAAGCCUCCCUUGGAGCGGGGCGAGUCCACAGAGAGCAGGCGGAGUCGUAAAGGAGAGCACCACCACCACACCUCUCAUGUCCGAUUGGAUGCUACAGUGAUUCCUGGGCCGGGCUCGGAGGAGAGGCCAUCCAGGCGCCAUCAUCACAUCCGGAGUGGCAGCCGAGGGGGAGGACAGUCAGAACACAGGAAGCCCAGGUCACAUCGAAAAACUGCUGAGGACGGUGAGGAUGGCGGGGGAGGAGGUGGAAAGACAGGGAGACAUAAGAGCAGAGGGGUUGACGGAAGUGGAGAAGGAGGAGAGCAGGAGGGAGCUGUUGAUGGCAAUGAGAGGAGGCCAAGAAGAAGUCGCCAUGGCAACCAAACAGAGGGCGAGGGAAAGAGGAUGUGCCAGCACAGAAGGAAGGAAUGCAGUGUCCCUAACCUCUCUACCACACGGCCCAUUCAAAAGACCCUCUCCAGGCAGGACAGUCAGUACAGUGAGGAUAUGGACAACCUUAUGAACACCAAACUGGUGUCUGGCUCUACCCCACCCGGCGAUGCUCACCCUAACCCAGUUGCCAACCACACUGUGGCCCCUGUCUUUGGAUCUGCCCUCCAUCUUGCUAACAGUGGCACUCAUGGGAGUUUGGUCACAUUAGAUAGCUACGGGAGCAUCGCACAUCACCGUACCAACAGUGUCAUCAGGCUGCCCCACCCUGACUACACAGCUGUAGACAUGCCAAUUUUUCCAUCCACCAAUGCCAUACUGCAGGUCAAUAAAAAUGCCAAUACGGAGCCUCUGCCCGCGAAGGAGGAUAAGGAUGAUGAUGAUGAUGAGAAGGGAGGGGAAGGAGGACCCAGGCCCAUGCCUCCCUUCAGCUCCAUGUUCAUCCUGUCCACAACCAACCCGUUUCGCCGGGCGUGUCACUACGUCUGCACCCUGCGUUAUUUUGAGAUGUGUAUCCUGCUGGUCAUUGCCAUGAGCAGCAUUGCCCUGGCUGCUGAAGAUCCUGUCUGGCCCGAAUCCCCUCGCAACAAUGUCCUACGCUAUUUCGACUACGUCUUCACAGGAGUAUUCACAUUUGAGAUGCUGAUAAAGAUGGUGGAUUUGGGGCUGGUCUUGCACCAGGGCUCUUAUUUCCGGGACUUGUGGAACAUCCUUGACUUUAUAGUGGUUAGUGGUGCUCUGGUGGCCUUCGCCUUCACGGGGAGCAGUAAGGGAAAAGACAUCAGCACUAUCAAGUCUCUGAGGGUACUGAGAGUGUUACGACCUCUGAAGACUAUUAAACGUCUGCCCAAACUCAAGGCUGUGUUUGACUGUGUGGUGAACUCCCUGAAGAAUGUGCUCAACAUCCUGAUCGUCUACUUACUCUUCAUGUUCAUCUUUGCUGUGGUGGCCGUGCAGCUCUUUAAGGGACGCUUCUUUUACUGCACUGAUGAAUCCAAAGAGUUUGAGCGCGAUUGCAGGGGCGAGUAUCUGGUGUAUGAACGUGAUAACGAAGUGAAGGCGCAGAAGCGGGAGUGGAAGAAAUACGAUUUCCACUACGACAACGUGGCUUGGGCCCUCCUCACCCUCUUCACCGUGUCAACCGGAGAGGGGUGGCCGCAGGUGCUGAAGCAUUCAGUGGAUGCGACCUAUGAGAACCAGGGCCCGAGCCCGGGGUACCGGAUGGAGAUGUCCAUCUUUUACGUGGUGUACUUCGUGGUCUUCCCCUUCUUCUUCGUCAACAUUUUCGUGGCUCUCAUCAUCAUCACCUUCCAGGAGCAAGGAGACAAGAUGAUGGAGGACUACAGUUUAGAAAAGAACGAGAGAGCCUGUAUAGACUUUGCCAUCAAUGCCAGGCCUCUGACACGCCACAUGCCUCAGAACAAGCUGAGCUUCCAGUACCGUAUGUGGGAGUUUGUGGUGUCGCCGCCAUUUGAGUAUACUAUCAUGGCAAUGAUCGCGCUCAACACAGUUGUGCUGAUGAUGAAGUAUGACGGAGCUUCUGAUACCUAUGAAGCUGUGUUAGCCAACCUGAACAUAGUGUUUACCUCCCUCUUCUCCAUGGAGUGUGUACUCAAGAUCAUCGCCUUUGGAGCACUGAAUUAUUUUAAAGAUGCCUGGAAUAUUUUUGACUGUGUGACAGUUCUGGGCAGCAUUACUGACAUCCUGGUUACCGAGCUCGGGAAUAAUUUCAUCAACCUAAGUUUCCUGAGGCUGUUCAGGGCAGCUCGUCUCAUCAAGCUGCUGAGGCAGGGCGAAACCAUCCGCAUCUUGCUUUGGACCUUCGUUCAGUCCUUCAAGGCACUACCUUAUGUCUGCCUCCUCAUUGCCAUGCUGUUCUUCAUUUACGCCAUCAUUGGAAUGCAGCUUUUUGGGAAUAUCGCUAUUGAAGAAGACGGAGAGAGUGCCAUCAACCAGCACAACAACUUCAGGACCUUCAUACAGGCUCUCAUGCUGCUAUUCAGGAGUGCAACAGGAGAGGCGUGGCACGAGAUCAUGCUGUCAUGCCUCGGGAACAAGGACUGCGACCCCCUGUCAGGGAACACAGAGCCAGAGUGUGGCAGCCAGUUUGCUUACCUCUACUUUGUCUCCUUCAUCUUCUUCUGUUCAUUCUUGAUGCUGAAUCUGUUCGUAGCCGUCAUCAUGGACAACUUUGAGUACCUGACGAGAGAUUCAUCCAUUCUGGGACCUCACCACCUGGAUGAGUAUGUCAGGAUAUGGGCCGAGUAUGAUCCUGCAGCUUGCGGGCGCAUUCAUUAUAAGGACAUGUACAGUUUAUUACGAGUUAUCGACCCGCCUCUCGGCUUAGGCAAGAAAUGCCCCCAUAGGGUGGCCUGCAAGAGACUGCUCCGAAUGGAUCUUCCCGUGGCCGACGACAACACGGUCCACUUCAACUCCACCCUCAUGGCCUUGAUCCGCACGGCACUGGAUAUCAAGAUCGCCAAGGGUGGUAUUGACAAGCACCAGAUGGACGCCGAGCUCAGAAAAGAGAUGAUGGCGAUCUGGCCCAACCUCUCCCAGAAGACUCUGGAUUUGCUGGUUACGCCGCACAAGUCAGCAACAGACCUGACAGUGGGGAAAAUCUACGCUGCUAUGAUGAUCAUGGAGUACUACCGGCAGAGCAAGAUCAAGCGCUCACAGGCUCUUCGUGAUGAGCAGAAUCGAACGCCAUUACUGUUUCAGCGCGUGGAGCCACCUUCCCCCGCCCAGGAUGGGGGUCCGGGACUUAACAACGCCCUCCCUCCACCUGAGACAACGGAGACGGUCAACAGCCUGCCGGUGGAGGGGGGGGUCCCGGAGAGCCAAUCAUGGGUGACAGCUCGUGCUCAGGAGAUGUCCCAGAAGGUCGGCAGCUGGAGCCCUGAGGGACACCCUGAGGAUGGCCUGGGAAGCAUGACCAACUCUCAGACGGUAGAGAUGAGAGAGAUGGGGCAGGAUGGUUACUCGGAUACUGAGCACUUUCCACCAAUGGAAGGCCAUGGCAGGGCCGCUUCCAUGCCCCGCCUCCCAGGCGACAACCAACGGAGGAAAGGGAGACAACGUGGCAGUAACCUCAGUACCAUCAAUGACAGCAGUCCCAUGAAACGCUCGGCCUCGUCGCUGGGCCACAGCAGGUCUGGGCGGGGCCACAGAGACAAAGGAGGGGUGGACGACUACAACAUGGAGCGUGUGCCUGAGGAGGGGAGAACUUCCAGACAUGGACACCGGCGAAAAGACCGGAGUCAUCGGGCGUCUGAGAGGUCCCUCUGUCGCUACACGGAGGCUGACACAGGCCUGGGCACAGACCUGAGCACAACCACCCAGUCAGGCGACCUCACGUCCAAAGACAAGGAUCGUGACAGAGACCGCGGCCGAUCCAAAGACCGCAAGCACCACCACCAUCACCACCACCACCACGGCUCCGUGGACAAGGAGCGCUAUGUAGCAGAUCGAGGGGGCGAGUACGGACACAGGCACUCCCGCGACAGAGAGCAUGAGCGGGAGAGGGAGAGAGAAAGGGACCGGCGCUGGUCGCGAUCGCCCAGCGAGGGUCGCGAGUGCCUGACGCACAGACAGGGCAGUAGUUCGGUCAGCGGAAGUCCCGUCCCCUCAACCUCGGGGACCAGUACGCCACGUCGAGGCCGUCGACAGUUGCCUCAGACCCCCGCAACACCCCGGCCCCAUGUUACCUACUCCCCUGUGGUCCGUAAGUCCAUGCCCACACCACCUGGGGGGCCACAAGGCCGACCCCCAGCCCCUGCCCCACGCCGCUUCUCUCCUGAGCCUCCCCAAGGCCAGGGCCCUCCCCCCGCUGGCCUCCCCCUGGCCCACCACGGCCCAUCCCGCCAGGGUCAUCAUCCCCCACCCCGCUGGGGGGACACAGGUGGAGGAGGUGGCUCCAUUGAAGGGGAUGGCUGCUUCUACAACCAGGACUACCAAGACUAUGAGCCCCACCAUGAACCACCUGCCUAUGAGCAGAACCCCAUGCAGGGUGGCAACCCCCACCCNUCCUCCCCCCACCCACAGUCCAGUCGCACCUCACCUAGGACUGCCGGCCAUGCGCCCCCUCCCACUACCGCCCUGACUGGACCUGUACAGGGCCAGAUGCAGCCUGCCGCCCAGCGUCGCCUGCCUAAUGGCUACCGCUCUUCUUCACCUUCCACACAUCUUCAUGGACCCCCACAUACUGGGCCUCACAAGGUCCCCCCUCCAGCCGGGCAUCCUAGAGGUCCCCGCAAGGGCCUGCAUGAACCCUACAGCGAGACGGAGGACGACGACUGGUGCUAGCCUCUGGGGAUGGGGGAGGGGAGUAAGGAGGAAACAGAAUUGAUAGAUGGACGGAAAGAUGGAGAUAGGAAGCUCUGAGCCGGAGCUCUGACUGCCAAGGGAAACCAUGAUUCUUUCUUUCUUGCCUGUUCAAUUUUUUCCUCUCCUCCACUGCUUGGCAUGUCCCAGUGAUGGUGGGCUAGACGAAGGGAUAGGUGUCAGGAUGAAGGGGUGGAACAAGAAUGCUGAGGCAGGAUCUGGAGAAACAAGUGGUGUAAGAGGAAACCACCUCCACGUUCUGCUUGCAUUGUUGUUGCAUUCAUAUCUUGAUGCCAAAUAAGACCAACCUCAAACUGCAGUUUAUAAGGAUGCAAGCAGGAGGGGUGACGGACACUAGUCUUUGUGUGUCUUAAAUUAUGCCUCUGGCAACGAGCUACAGCCACUUACAAGAUGUCAAGAGUUGCGACUCGACAAAAGACACUUUACAGUCAGAGACAAAAGAACGACCUUUUUCUUUUUCUUUUUUUUGCUUCUCAAAGCUAACUUCAGUUAAGUUAGCAGCAAAAAGAAUCAAAUCCAACCCUCCCAGCCACCAGUUGAAUAUUGAUGAGUUUUAUCAUCUGUGUUUUUAAAUAAGAACAAAUCUGACAAUGAGCCCUCCACCUGUAUGAGGUGAGGAGGCCAAGUGGGUGGGAGAGUUGGGGAGCACUGCACGAGGUUGACGAGUCCCUUGGUCAAAAUCUAGAGGACGGGACGGGUGUGAUGGGGACGUUUACCGUCGUCCUUGGAGAACACCCUCCUCCCAGAAACAAUUAGACCAACCUCAACCCGCAACCUACGAAGGAAGAAAAACAAAAAAAAAACGUGGAGAUGGGUUUCAGAAACAAAAAAAAAGCAAACCAGUAACUGUUUUCUGCAGUAUUUCUUCUUCUAUUCCUGCUUCUUCUUCCUCCUUCUCUUCUACUUCUUCAAAACAUUGAAGCUUGAAUCUUCUGUUGCACCCCACACAGCUUCGUUUUUUAGACUUGCGGAGUUGUACACCCUGUGGAAUCCUGCAUGAAUGAUACAAAAAAUAAUAAUAAUAGCAACAAUGAGAAUCUACUGUAUGUGGGGGGAAAUUUUACUUGGUCCUUUCUGUUGUGGUCUGUAGGGUUUCUCUCUUUUUUCAGUAAGAAUGCCUUUCUGUUUCUCUCUCUCUCCUCUGUGUGACAUUCCUCUCUCUGUACCUUCAUCUACACUAAAAUCAAAGUGAUAGAAGGGAGAUUGGAGAGUGACUGUAUGUAUAUCUAAAAGGAAAAUGAUUACUUUUUGCUUGUUUGUGUGUACGUUCUGUGCCAGAUGCCUGCCACUGAUACAGCUGGAAUUGCACGUUUUUUUUUGUGGAAGUCACUUUUUGGGUGAAUAUACCGUGAAGCAGGGUAAAGAGGAUAAGAGAUGUCGAUAUUGGUUUACAAGUCGGACGGAUCAUUAACAUCUCAAAGUCUUCCAGGGUUUGGGGUUAAAACAGAGAGAUCCGAGAGAAAGAGACCAAUAGAAAGGCAGCAAAAGGAGAGAAACUCUUCAUCUUUGUUUUCUUUGUUAUUGACGGUAAUGAUGGAUAAGCAGAUAAUAUAAUAACUCCUAAUGAUCAUGACGAUCGUGAUAAUGAGACAGAUUCUCCAUAUUUGGUCUGAUGUUCUGUUCUGUGUGUUUUAUUUUGAGCUCGGCUAAUCAUUUUUCCAACCCUGAGGUGGAGCUCUAACCCCACAGUUGCACUGUGGGAGAAUGAGUCUGCAGGAGCGCAAACAUCAGUCAGAGAUUUCCCAAAACACUCGAUAUGUCUGUCUUUCUUGUCACUUUCUGUCAACAUAGACAGUGGGUGAAUUUGAUUGUGAGCCCCUGCAAAAAUAAUCAGUCAAAUUCAGCAGUUCCCCACAGACUGCUGCAUUUAUUUGGAUGUGUCUUCUCUCCUGCAGAUGCUAAAGCAGAGUUCCACCACCGCUUGUGACCUUCCAGUGGCGCUGUGUGACAAACAGUGUCCCUAUAGUUUUUGUACCUCUCCUUUGACUUCACUUUUGAUUCAGAGUUGAUUAUCACACACGGAGAGUAGCUCAUUCUCUCACUUGUAGACCACGUCGUCUGCGUAAACACAGGCGUACAGCUCAGAUGGGUUGGAGAAAAGAUGCCUGGGCCUCGUCACGGUCCCAGAAACCAUCUCCGUUCUGUGUGUAUCACUCCUGUAUAUCUUUUAUUUCUAUCCGUGUGUUUUCUCUGUGUGCCUCAAACUAACACUUGUCACUAACGCACACCACUGUCAGCCCCACCAUUAUUGUUAUUGUUUUGUUUAUUUGACCUGCGUUUUUUAACCUGGAGGCCUAUCACAUGUUGACCAGAGAAUGCACCGAAAAAAUAGAAAAGAAAAAAAACUGCCUAUUAGUGUCUUUCCAACCUCAGUGGAAUGUCACAGACAAGUAUUUUUUCACAUCACUACACUUAAAAUCAGAAAGCACACUAAGUAUGUAGCUCCUGGUUGUGGUGUGUGCGUGUAAGUGGGGGUUUUGCCUGUGUGUGUGUGUGUGUGUGUGUGUGUGUGUGUGUGUGUGUAUGUGUAGAUGGAUGAGUGUGUUUCAGGUCAGUUUUUGGCGUUUUGUUUUGUGCUUGCUUUGCGUUAUUAUUCUUUGUUUCCAGGAAUCCUUUUGAAAUCUUUGAAAUGUUUUAGUCAAAUCAUUGAAACAAUCUUCGUGUGUAUGUGUGUGUGUGUAUGUGUGAUGUCAGUAACCCCCUGAAUGAAACAUGCAAACCCCCCAAACAUUCACCAUCCAUCUUUGUGUCUAUGCUGCAGUGAAAUCCACUAACACGCUGAUUAACCACACAAAGUCUUCAAAAAGCAAUGUAAAGCCGCUACUGAGAAAAAAAAAGAGUUUUUUUUAAGUACAAAAGAUUUUAAAAAAAGGAAAAAAUAUCUAGUUCCAGAAAUGCAUGUGCUAUGUGCAUGCCACACCGUGGGUUAACAGUCAUCUUCAGGACAUAAAAGAAAAAGCAGAUUAAUGAAUUCAGAGGAAAUUAAAAAAGAUAAAAAAAAAAAAAGAUAUAUAAAUAGAUAGAUGUUUUUAAAAAGCAACGUUUCCUUUUUUCCUUCUAUUUUUGAGAACAAAAAAGGUUAAAAAUUACAAAAAAAAAAAAUGUUUAAAGAAUAAAAAACACAAAAGAGACUUUGGUGAGAGUUUGUUUUCUUCUGUUACAUGGGGUUGAGGCACAACACGACCAUGUUCAGGAACACCACAAAAAAAAAAAAAAAAAAGAACUGUUUUAAAAAAAUAUAUAUAUACAAAGAAAAGAAAGUACAGUUCAGAAGAUGGUGUAUUCUCCCUUCUACUUUUUGUGGGGGGUCAGGGGGUGCAGGAGCGAGCCAAAUCUGAUGAUGUACUCAUUCAAACUGGCUGUGGAACCUUUGAUCUCUCACUCACUCCCUCUUUUUUCUCUCUCUCUAACUCUGUCUCUCUCACACUCUUAUCUGUCGCACUCUCGAACUGUCUCACCGCUAUUUCUACCAGUGCAUUUUGUAAUUCCAAACAGAACUCUUCCUAAAGAAUAAAAACCAGAGAGAAUGCACACCGCUUUGCCUCAUUUUUUUGCCAGCAUUACUGCUUCAGUCUUUAUAACUGAGAGGAUGUGUGUUGUGGGCGUGUAUGACUGUGUGACUUUAUUGUAAACAAACAGAAGUGAUGUUUACAUACAGUGUUACUCACCAAGAUGCAUUGUAUGAAUCCU